CCCCCAAGGCCCCUGCGGUCGUGGGUCAGGCAGAGCGCAUACCCUGAUGCUGCACUGUGGUAACCAGUGACAAGUCUCCUGGUCACUUCCUCCACGAGACACCCCCGAGCCCCGACUACUCCAGCCUGCUGCUCGGAACUCCCAUUCCUCUUUUUGACCCCGUUGCUUACUUUUCCCUUCACUUCCAUAGUAUAUAUGUAUGUUUAAUUACAUACUAUUCUGUCACUUAAAUGUUUGUGUCAUGUUCUCAGUGAAACUCUACUUUGCACCAUCCAUCCUGAUGUCUCAUCACUGGCUGCAUUGCAUGACUUCACUGGGGACUAGGAAUACCCUCACAGCAUCAUCACUAGGAGUGGAGAGUUUCCCAUUACCAUAUGGUCAUGUUGUCCCCCUUAGCUCAGGGCCACCAGAAAGGGCAGCUGGGGGCGGAGGCACAGGCCAAGGCUGCUAAGGGUGGCUGGGGCAGGCAGAGCUCUGAUUUGAGGCUUAACUCCCCUCUAGAUCGUGAGAGUGAGGGCUCUUCACAGAUAGAGGGCCAUUGUCUGUGAGCCCUGACAUGGAAAGGUGGAGAAUUUCCAUUGCAAUUCCCUCUCUGACCCUUAGGAUAUGCAGCCAAGUUACAUUUAAUUUUUUAAACAUUGAGGGACUUCCUGGUUUUCUUUGCAUUAUGACUACAGGCUCAAUUCCCCUGUGGUCUAAGAAUAGAAUCUAGUUAAUUUCAGGCUUUUAGAAAAUUUGUAGACUUGAUUUGUGACCCAACAUACCAUCUAUUUGGGUAAUACUCUAUGACCAUUAGAAAAGAAUGUAUUCUGCACUUAUUAUGGAAUGUUCCAUAUAUGUCAAUUAGGUGACUGGGGGAGAGGGGCCCUCGGGGGCCCUUGUGGGAGAAGGAAGUCGGGUAAGGGGACCCCAGGCAGUGGUGACCUCACUUCCCUGACAACAGAGCCCAACAGAAUUUGGAACCCGGGUAACCAGGCACCCACAUUCCAGAGCCAAACCCCUGCCCAGCUCAUUUCGUUGGAGAUCCUCGAACGAAGAACAUGUUUGCGUGCUGCUUCCCCAAGUCCGGAGGCUGCAGGCUGAGGAGAGCGCACCCUGCAAACACUUCCCCUAGCUGGGGAGGUUGUGUCAGGGCUCCCCGACGCCUCUGGCCAUUUGGCCGGAAGGACCGAAAGAAGACUGAGGAUGACACCGAGACAGAGCUGGUGGACACGCCUUCCUCUCCAGGAGCAGGGACAGGGGAUCACAUGGGAAGGCUUCUGACUCCACCCAGGCCACUGUCCCCAGUAACCAUUCACUCAGUGAGUGUGAUCCAGGAGCCAGAAACCACGGAGGCCGAACCCGAGGCUGCUCCACCAUCUGAGGAACUAGAGCCGGCUCCAAGGACUUCAGAGGCUCUAGAGGGAGGGGUGGUGCCUGCAGCGACUUCAGCAGGAGACCAGGAGCCAGCGGGUGACCUGGCACCUGCCCACGGAGAGCCUGAAGCUGUGCAGGAAGAGCCUGCUGGAGGACCUGCCCACGGAGAGCCUGCCUGUGCUCCUGUUCCUGCCCCUAUUUAUGACAAAGAUGCUACUGGGAACUGUGAGGUCCAAAAGUCAUCUCCAUGGCUUCAAUAG